GCCCGGUUCCUGCUCCCACUCACGCUGUCCCAACGCCUCCGGUAUACCCUGCCUACACACCACCACCAUCUCCCGCACUCCGUUCGUUUCACCGCCCUCGUAAACACCAACGAACAUAAUGACAGACACCCCGAAAGGCGAUGUCGUCGGCGAGGCCGUGCCUGCAGCGCAGAAGAGCAGCUGGGCAACCUUUCUCAAGUCCAUCGCAUCCGUUUCGGGCGAUCUUUCGUCGCUGACCGCGCCGCCGUUCAUCCUCUCGGGCAUCUCGCUCACUGAGUUUCCUGCAUAUUGGUGUGAACGGCCAGAGGUGUUCUCCUCGAUCGCCGACGCCACCGAUGAGGAGUCGCGAUCUAUCGCUGUAUUGAAGUGGUUCAUUUCUACGCUUAAGAGCCAAUAUACCUCUCGCAACGAGAAACUCGGCUCUGAGAAGAAGCCACUGAACCCUGUCCUUGGCGAAGUAUUCGCCGGAUACUGGCCAGAUAUCGGCGGUCGUGGGCAGACUAACCUCGUCGUAGAGCAGGUCUCGCACCACCCUCCCAUCACGGCCUUCUACAUUGAGAACCCGUCGAAGGGCAUCUACCUGCAGGGCCACAAUGCACAGAAGACGAGCUUCAGCGGCGGUAGCAUCAUCGUCAAGCAGAUCGGCCAUGCGGUCCUCACCGUGGACCUGCCCGACGGCGGGAAGGAAGAGUUCCUGAUCACGCUCCCGCGCCUGCGGAUCGAUGGCCUGUGGUACGGCUCGCCAUACAUCGAGCUGAGCGAGACGAGCUACAUCCAGAGCUCGACCGGCUGGCUCUCCACCAUCGAGUACAAGGGCAAGGGCUACUUCUCGGGCAAGUCGCACUCCUUCAAGGCGGCGCUCUCGCCGCCGGGCACGCUGCAGGCGAAGCACGUCUUCGAGGGCACGUGGCACCAGACGAGCAAGAACGUGCACACGGGCGCGGCGUUCACGGACGUGACGGGCCCCAAGGAGGAGGUCACCGUGCGCGAGGUCGAGGAGCAGGACGAGUGGGAGAGCAGGCGCCUCUGGCGCUGGGUUGCGAAGGGCAUCCGGGACGGCGACUUUGAGACGGCGAGCAGGGAGAAGAGCAAGAUCGAGAAUGAGCAGAGGCAGCGGAGGAAAGAUGAGGCUGCUGCUGGGACGACGUGGCAGCUCAAGUACUUUGACCACAUUGACUCUGACCCGACCUACGAGCGCCUGGGCAAGCUGUUCAAGGCAAACCCGCCAACGGAGGACGCAUACAUCUACAGACACAACUACGCUCCUGCAUCGUGAUGGACUGGUGCACACACAGGACAAGGCUGUAUCAUUCGCGCGAGCGUGGUCGGAUAGUUCGUAUAUAGUAGAUGUGUACUUCUCGUUAAUGCAUUAUCUUGUAUACCAUCACC